AUGCUGAAACUUCAAAGUGAACUGGACAAAUUCAAGCAGGUUUUUAAAAGCUCAAAAGGUAAAAUUUUGGACUGAUAAGGAACAAAUCCUACCGUAGAUAAUUAUACUUAAAAUUAUAGUACAGGGGAUCGUACGUACCAAAAACAGCCAACGAGUGAAGUUGUACAUCAUGAAAAAAACAACAACAACAACAACAAAUAAACAAACAAACUAAAACAAAACUUCAGCAAAAACGUUUGUUGAUUUGUAGUUGUUGGGUGGAUUAGGAGUUGUAUGGUUAUAUGUGCCUUUCCAUGUUGUAAGCAUGAUUCAUUACCUGCCUGCGUUUUGUGCUGUUCAUGUAUAUGUUACAGGUCAAAAUUAUGCAUCAGACAAUUCCACCUGUGCCCAGCCUGAUUGACUGAUGCAUUAAUUUAUAAGUAUAUUUAUAAGUAUAUAUAAGUUCAGGUGAAAAAUUUUUAACCUAGAUUGAUUCCCAAUUACCUUUAUCUCCAGUAAUAGCCCUAAUUAUUCAUGAAAUAGGGCUAGGAUACAAAGGAAUUGAGAAUCACCUUAGGUUAAAAAAUUUUAAACUGAAUUUAAUUUUGACUCGUAACAUAUCGAAACUGGUUUUGUUAUUGUUCAGAGUCUCAGAACUGGAUAAAGAGUGAACAAGUGUGUAGAUGUAGUGACCAAGAGUUUGAUGAUCUACUGAGUUCUCUUACAGCUGUUGUAAGUUUCUAAGUAGCAGUUUACAGCACUGUUUAUAGCAUACCGCCUCCCAUUUUGCACUUACCUGUCGACUCUCAAGCAUUGUGCAUGAGUCCUUGGAUGAAUAUUAUUGUGCUUUAACACGUAAAAUAUUUAAUAAAAAUGCUUAAUGUUGACUUUGUGGCCUAACUGUAUCACAACACGCUAAAAUUGUCACCUAUUAAAUAGCUUUGGAAAUGCCCAAGGGAAUCAGAACAUCUUCAAAUAUUUUCAACAAGGUUCUGAAGUCUUCGAAGAAUCAUCCAAAAUCUUUGGAAGUCGCUGGGACAUUUUUAGAAAUCCUGGUCAUGGCAAGAUGAAAAUCUCAGACAUUUGACUCAGAAAAAGUUGGCAGGACUAUAGAACACCAGCCUUUCAGGUGGAAGGUCUCAGAUUUGAACUACAGCUGGACCAUCAAGCAGGGUCUAUAAAACCUAGUAAUAUGAUACUGGCGGAGAUUUAAGUCCUUGGCUCAGUUUAAAAGAUUGUGUCAUAGUCUGGUAACAUCAAGCUAUUGGGGUUGACUCUUGACAUUUUAAAUUCUUCUUUUCUUCACAAAAAAAAACAAGGCAAUUAAUUAAAGGAGAAUUCAGAAGCUUAUCAUAAGCCCUUUGGUAUCAGCUGCAUUAAUUUGACUCUGAAGAUGACUACCGCACGGGUUGUCGAAUUGUCAGUCACUGUCAACAGAAACAGUCCUAUCCAGGACUACGAUCACCCGGACGUUCAUAUUCAACCUACGUACAUGUACUUAUGAAAUGACUCCUCGGUUCAAUCCUUUUGCAGUUUUAGUGUAUAAAGGAGCGGUUUGACUUUACCAUUCCCAGAUUCAAAUUUUGUUGUUAAUUAAUCAUUUAUUUAUUCAUUUAUUUUUGUAGGAACUGGAGGCUACCACUCUUAUUCUUCAAAGGCACAUUGAUUUAGAGCAACAAAUUUGGAAAUGUUUAGAUAAUCUUAAAACGGUGCAGAGGUAUAUUAAGCAAAAAUGUGUUACUGCCUGUACUUUUUUCCUAUUAUUAUUAGAUAUUAUUAUUAUUGUUAUUAUAAUGCCUUUAUUUAUCUUCGACAGUAUUUAAUAGCACGAAGGUUAGUGGGGCUGAGCAAUGAACUCUUGCGAAAAACAUUUAAAUAAACAUAACAGGGUUAAAAACUCCCUCUGGCUGGGCAAGCCAGUUGGCUGUUUUAUAAGCGUGAUCAAGGAUUCGACCUUAGGACUACUGAGAAGAAAACCAGCUAGUUGUCAGGGUAGGUCUUCAACUCAGGGCCUCCAAUUAUGGAAGUCCAGUGCUUUAACUGCUCAGCCACACUGCCUUCCUCUUGCUGAGAAUAGUGGAAUUUUUGUUUUAACUUGUUGUAAUUUAUUUCAUUGUGAAUUGAUUUUAUUAGUGGAUGGGAAGGAAAGACCAUUGAUGUCACUGAAAAACUUAUUGCAAGUCAGACCAAGGUGGCAAGACUUAGAAGCAGAUUAUUACGUUGUAUCACUCAGGUAACAAAAACGUGCUCGGAACCUGCAUGACUUGUUUAGGAGCUGUGUCAUGAAGUUUUCCAAAAUUCAGACAUGGGGAACUGUCACCAAACUGAGUGAAACUAAAAAUAACUGCUUUAAACAUUAAAAGAAGGUGUAAAGAACACUGACAGUAGAUACAAAAGGACUUUCAAGGUCAAUGUUGUAGCCAAUUUGACCAAAAACCUGGUCAAGAAAGAAUAAUAUAUAUUUCAUUAAUGGCGAGAAGAACAUUUUUUGCAAGAGCAAAGUGAGUUAUGGAGAAAUAGCUCAAUCUUUUCAGCUAGAGUUGUCAGUAACAUUUAUUUUAAAGACUAGAAUCAUUUUAAUCAUUUUCUGAAUAUUUUUUUAUGUUAUCAUGUCUUCCAGCAACUUCACAAGAAUGGAUCAAUGACAGUGAAUCUCCCAGCUUGGUCAGGAAUAGAUGUUGAUAAUAAACAGAAAAUGGAAAAUCCUCUUGAAACAGAAAAAACAGAACAAGACAUAAACACAAACGAUCAGCCAGGUCCUGCUAAAGAAAAUCCAGUUGAGUCCACAAAGCGAGAAUUUGUCGAGCCUGGGGAUUUAACGUAUUCAAAUGUUGGAGAGGUACAAGAGCUAAAGGCUGCACAAUCUAACCGAGUGCCGCAAGAUCACAGUGUGUCACCUCACAAGGAAGAGCCAGUGACCAUGGAGAGUGGUGAUAAAGAAAGCAAUGUUUAUGAAACUGUAUCUCUAGAGCAAACUGGACCCUCGCAGCUAGUUCCACCUACAAAACCAAUUCCCUAUUCAUUGUCAAAGAAGUUAAACAGCACUUCUGGUGGUGAUGGUAGUGUGGGACAAACUGAAAAGGUACCAAGCGUGUUUUUCAUGGUAACAAAUUUCAAUGGUACUUAAUUUUUAAUCAUCUUCCUGUCCAGCUUGUUUACAUCUAAGAACAUGGUCUUCAGGUGAAUUGCAAUAUUGUUACUGAUUGCUUGCUAAAUUGAAGUGUGUAGAAGUUUUACUUUGCCUGCCCUGCCCCCCACCCCCCCUGAUUGCAUGUGACGGUUAACUAAUCAAUCUUUGAGGAAGUCACUUCAAGCCCAACUAUGGAAUGUUCAUAAAUUUUCCCUGAGACAUACAGGUUCAUUGUACAAGCAAAUUUAUUCUCCCUCCUCCAUAGUACAAAGAAUGGAGGAGUGGGCUGGCUGCAACCCUCCUGUUUAGUUUUAGCUGCGUAAUCAUAUGUACUUGUUGACUUAGUUAGGUUGAGCUUGACAGGAAAAUAUUUGGCCUAAGGUCAUGGUUUAUUAUUAGACUGACUGCAACAAGGUCCAUGUGCCAUGACUGGCAGCCAAAAUAAUAUUUUCCUGUCCAGCCUAACCUAACCUAACCUAGCCUGAGAAAACAGCCAACAUUUUGCAAUGCCACAACUGGUUUCCGUGCAACAAGAUGUCUGAGCAACAACUGCAGAAAUUCCAUACUGAUGACAUUUUAACUGGUUGGUUGUGUUGCAAGAUAAAUUUGCUUCAACCAAUCAUUUCAGUACAUAUAUAUAUACUGUAAGUACGGUAAUUAUUGUUCUGUUACUCAAUUUAUCUGCUACUUAGGUAGCAUCAUUAUUACUACACGACACAGAAUUAUCAUAAACAAGACAACAUUUUAAACAGCUGACUCUUUGGAUCAGUUAAACUACACAAUAAUUUUUCUUUGGACAGUUUUAAUAAAUGUGUAUAAAUGCAAUCUAUUUAAGUAAAAUAAACAGCCGUGGAAUCCUUAAAGAAGUCUCAUCAUUUGUUACGGCAGGAUUUGUCAUUGGAAAAUGAAAUAUAUUCAAGCACAUGGCUUUCAGCACAUUACUGAUUAAGAAGAAAAAGACCUUGGUGCAUAUUGUUAACUGUUUUUUUAGUUUAAAAUAGAAAAUAUAGGUGUUAUUUCCUUUGAUACAUUGUAUGUUUUUUCAUUCAUUCAAACAGGAUGAAAAAUCGACAGCAGAUGUUGAGCAAGUAGAUGUGGAAGAUGCCUGGGUUGUAGAGAACCACCAUAUACAGGACUGGGAUCCUGUAAGUACAUUUAUCAAAACACUCCUGACAAAAUACCUUAACAAAUGGAACCAUGAUUGAAAUAGCCUACGGACCAACAUAACAUAUUAGACCAAGAGUUGAUUUACGUCAUUCAUACCAUGUGAUAUAUUUUUUGUGUAUUUGGUAUUAUUAUUUUGUUUUCAGCAAAGUGUGAUAAUUGUAUUUGAACUUGAAAUCUGCUUCGAAUUUUGGUUUUUGUCUGUUUUAGCAUUGAAUAUACAAUCAUGUACAAAGGUGUAUUUAUUAUAACAUUUUUUAUGUUUGCCGUGCUCUUCUUUCACAGACACCUGUUCUGGAAGAGUUAUUUGGGAAUGUACACCCUUUGCCUACUCCGUUUGUUGUAAGUGCAUCAGUCUUAAUCUGAUUAAUUAUUAUAAUACAGACAUUUCUGCUGUAAAUCAAUGAGUGCUUACCAUUUUGUAAGGAAAUCCGGUUAUUCUUCGGAAAAUUCCAAUGGAACAGCUAAUCUCUCUGGAAUUUGUUUUAAAAGAAAAAUGCGGGGAAGAUACUGUAUUACCCUUUCCCGAUUUUACCAAAAUGACCGGAAUUUUCUGUACCAUUUGUUUGGAGUACCUGUGCCAGGCUUCAUGUUGAGAGAAAUAGAAAAAAUUUACCGGUAUUUUGUUACUGAUACAACUCAAUUGCAUUCCCAUUUUGGGCGCAAAAAAAUAACAGUACAAUUUUGUACAUGUACCUUUCAACAGAAAAUUUUCAUAGAAAGUUUCAUCAAAAUGGUAAGCAGUUAACAUCUACAUUGUAAGUCUGCUGUUGCUGCUUCAUAAUUAUGUACAUGUGCGUUUACACCUUGAUAAUGUGAUUUCUAUUUCAGCCAACUACAGAACCCAAGGUUGAUAAUAUUCGUAUGGCUGGAUACAUGGAGAAGCUACCAGUUAAAAGUAAUCAGAAAAAGGUACAUGCAGUAAUAAAAAACCCUGCCAUGAGUAUAGUUCACUGAUCCCCCAGCCCCAUCCCUCGUCUGCGAGGCACGUCUUCACCGGGAGAGAUGUCUACGUUUUGACGACAGAAAUUCCAGACUGAUGACAUAAAUCAAUGUUUACAUAAUAAAUUCACUGGCCUGAUUGCAAAAUAUACUAUCUCCAGGCUAUCAGAUGCAACUUUCUUCGCAACACCCCCCCAUGCUGUAAAUUACUUUACUGAUACAUGUAUCCUAAUAGAUAUCUUUGGAUUUUAUCUCUCAGGGUAUACUAAUUAGGAGCUGGAAAAAACGUCAUUUUAAGGCUGUCAAAGGAAAACUGUACUAUUAUGAGGUAUCCAAAUUGAAAUUUAUAAAAAAUCUCACCAAGGUUCAAACUGCAGUUAUGUAGUGAUUAAGGCUAAAGCUGUUCCUUUAUGUCUUUUCUUUGUUUUUAAAACAGGAUCAUCGUGUUUUAGAACCAUUAGGAUUUAUAAACCUGACCAACUGUUCGGUAAGAUGAAUUUACCCUUUAACUAAUCCACUUGCAAAUUCUCCAGACUGAAUCAAUAUAUUUCUUAUAAAAUUAGUGGAUGUUUUUGGUGGAUAUGUGGGUUGAGUUUGCUAUUGGUUCACUCCCAUGCUCCAAGAGGUUUUGCUCCGGGUACUCUGGUUUUCCCCUCUCCUCAAGAACCAACAUUUCCAAAUUCCAAUUUGAUCUGGAACGCACAGACACGUUUAAACGAGUUCAUAAGAACUGCUAAGUGCUUCGUUGGUAAACAAAUUAUUGUUAAGAGAUCAAAGUAUUUUCUCUUUAGUGACUGUGAUCAUUUUAUUUUUUCAACCUUUAUUUUGAGUAUGUACGGAUAAUUGUUUUGAGAAAAUUAAUUUGACGUUGGUCACCUCUGGGACUUAAAGGGUGGACCUUUUUUGUUUGUUAAACUAAAGUGCGUCAUACAAGUUAGAUAUGCAAUUUAUAGAUGGCCAAAGUUAAAAGUUGAUUGGUUUUGUGUCAUCAGGUAAAAGUUGAAGAUAAGUUGCUGGAUGUUGUGGAAGAGGUAAGUAAGCAGUCUCUGCUAGCCUAACCCUACUCUCCCCUCCCUCGCAGCUGUUUAUGUUUUGUCACGCAACGCUUCUCCUGGGAAAGAGCGUUGUGUGACAGGACAACAACUGCUGUGUGGGACACUAGCCUGGCUUAGUCUCUGUGGCCGGUAUUGUUUAUUUGUGCCUCUGUAGAUUAGAUAAUGUUAAGUUCAUGGCGUCGUUACAUGUGACCUAGUGUUUACUGGCUGUAUUUUCAGGGUGUGAAAGGGAAGUCCGUGAAGCUGAGAUGUGCUUCGGUUAAAGAAGCAGAAGACUGGAAAGAAGCUCUCGAAGCUGAGUCAGCAGCGUCUGUGGAUAGCAGCACUGUUCCAGAAGAAUCUUCAGCAACUGAGGUACUUAUGAAAAUAAGCUUGAGGAUUUGUUUAGUUUUGCAAAAAUGUUAGUUUUGGUUUCCUACGUGAUUGGUUGAAGAAUUUCGUGCUUCUUUCUCAACCAGUCUAAAAUUGACGUGGUCGUUUUUGCGCGCUUGACGGUUGUUGCCUGUACCGCGUGAGUUCUGAUUGAGUGUUUUGGUUCUCCUGUGUAGAUUCGAUUGACAGUGUUCUAUUUUGACCUUUCUCCCAGGUACAAAAGACUAUAAUGUAGACAGUUCUUUCUGCUGGUGUUCUAAAAGAACACUCGUUUCUAAAAGUAGAUCGCAACACUCUUCUUUUAUACUUGAAUUAGGUCCGUGUUUCACUGUUCGUCACCAGCAAACAAUGUAUGAAUGUGACAGCUAGAGAUGUAGAAUUUAUCUACACGCCCUUUGGCAAGUAGAAAAUACAUGUAUGAAUGCAUUACUGUUAGUAACAGUUAAAGAAAUUUCCCCUAAAUUGCAGGGCUUAACUAUCAUUAUUGACUUGGGUUCAAGUUCAGUCAAAGCUGGGUUUGCUCAAGAAAAUGGUAUGGCUUUAUUUAUUUAUUUUUAUCUUUUCAAUAACCGUUUUGUUUUCAGCAACUUACUCUUGCAAACUAAGGAUAAAGCUCGCGCUAAAAUAGUAUUCGCCCGGGCUUUUGAAAAACGGCCAGAGACGCAAUGUCUUGUAUAAAAUUAGGUAGCAAUGCGUUACAAAAUACUGUGCCAAACAAUCUCAGUUGAUAAAGAAGUUUAUAAAAUUAAUACAUCACUGAUCAACACGAAAAACAGGUGGGGAUCAUUCAUGAUGCCUGACAGGAAAGUCGAGCAGGAACAAACUGAUGAAUUUUGUGUGUAGAUGUAUUUUUCCUAACAACUAAUUCGUCUUUCUUUCUGUCUCUUUUGUUCAUGUGCUUUUUGCUUAGCUUGGCCUCAAGUGAUAUUCCCAUGUGUCAUUGCUAUGGAUAAAGAGAAUCCGUAAGUUUCCAUUCACGUUGACUCUCCAAGGUUAUGAAUGUUCCUGUAUUAUGGUUUCUUCACAAGAACCCUGUUGUUUGUUUGUGUUUGAGGGCACUUUCCAUAAGGCAAGACCAGUUAAUUCAUUAGUAUUGUCCUGCUCCUAAAUGGUACAUAUACACCACAGUCAUGGUUGUUGAGUAAAAAAUAUGGAAAGCAGCCUGUUUCAUUUUCAAACCGACCUGUUCGGACCGUUGAAGACAAGCUUGAAGUGGGCGUGGAGCGUGGAGCGCGAGACACACUCGCGACAGUACUCCACGUACGCUUCAAGGUUGCCUUCGCUUGUCUGAAAAACGCGAUAAUAUGACGCCUUUUCUGCACGCAGGCUAACCUUUGCUAAGCGUCCUUACCUUGUUUUGUCGUGUUUGUUUGUUCUUGUAGAGAAAACUGUAAAUACGGGCAUGGUGCUCUUCUUCCAGAAACAAGAAAAACAUCAAGUCUGCGUUUCCCAUUAAGAAAAUCGCUGAAAAUUGACAAGGUAAGAUUGACGACCGCCUUGUGCGAAAAGACAGCGUUACCUGCGCGUUAGAGGCAUAAAAAGAAUGGGGUUCAAAUAGGCACACAUUGCCCGUGCGCCCGUUACAUAGACUGAAGACAUCUGUGUAGAAAAGUUCUUUUCAUCGGCUCCCUUUUCAAUAGUCUUGGAGUAACAACAAUAUUGUACCAUGAUAAUAGACAGCUCCAGGGCUUACAAUCUGCCGCUCAGUAACUUGUUUUGAAUUGUUUUUCUGCUAGUACAUUUGAACCUCCAGUCCAUUAAGCGGCCACCCUCAGUUAAGCGGCCUGUAAUCAAAGUCCCGAAAUAAGUGUGGAAAAGAAUGGGAAAUUAAACCUCCUAUUAAGCGGCCACGGUCACCUUUCUGCCGUCCCAACGAGAGUUCUCCCAUUGUUGUCACCUCAAUUAAACGGUCAUCACGCACUUUAUACACUUAGUCUCGCUUCAUUUCAAGAAUAAGAUGAAGGAAAAUACAGGCCGAGAUAGAAGGUGACGACCGAUUGUGGACCAGUAAUGCUUCUCCAGUCGCUCGUGCGUUUGUCGCAAAAUAAAUCAAUGUUUCUGCUAAAGAUUUUGCUAAUUUAUGACAAACCUCUGUCAAGCGGCUAACCUUUAUUAAGUGACUUCUUGCCGGUACCCCGAGGGUGGCCGCUUAAUGUAGGUUUAACUGUAUUCUAAAAUUUGUCUGAAGCAAAUGGCUAACUGCGAAGCUUCUGUCUCUUUUCAGCUCAAGGUCCAUACAAUGGAUCUAAUAGGAAUCCUGGAACAUUUGUUUGACAAACUCAAAGUUGAUCCAACUAAACACAAGGUACAAACUGCAUUAGAAUCACUUUGCAUUUAUAGCUCACAGCCAGGUACCAGUGCUUGUUGCUAUGGGCUGUUUUCAAAUUGAGCCUAAGACUGGGUCGGGGUUCUCUGGAAUUGUACUCUGGGACCGUUUUGGAGAUGCUUCUUUCAUUUGCCAAUUUAGAAACGAGAAGGAAACUGGGCCGAGUUAGCUUUCGCAAAGAAUUAUGGGACUGUUACUAGGGACAGGGAAAACGGCACGUUUCCAGUAACUAUCCCAGAAACAAUUGUGGGAUGCAUUUCGGUUCCAUUUCCCUUCUCGGUUCUAAAGUAGCGAACUGGCUUUUUCAAAGUUGCGUAGGAAACUGGGUCUGCUUUUGCCACCCAAACAGUGCGAUGAUACUACUCAACAAUUGCAGCCUCGAUCCUGUUUCAGGCCCAAGCUCUAACUAGCCAAUCGGAACAGAAAUGGUAAUGUUUGUUCCAUUGCAGGUUAUAAUGACGUUACCACAUGGCUCAGGGCCACAGGAAAAGGUAGGCAAACGAGUUUAGAGGUAGAAACUUCUAAACAGAAGAGAAAAGUCCUAGAGUUUAUCACUCAAACAUUCUGAAUACCCUGCGGAACAUUUUCAUCCGAUACCAAUAUAUAACAAUGACACAGAAAUGUACGUAUUGUAUCAUUUUUAUUUGACUCCUUUUGUUAGAGAUUCUGACAUUCCCUAGCCUGCGCCUCUGCUCGCAGGGUAGCCGCUCACGACACCGAGUUUCUACAAUGUACCAUCCCAUGUUCACGCUAUACCAGACACAGGCGGUCCAAACUCACGUUACGAAAAAAAGGUGUAAAAUAAUUUAGAUGCCACAGGUGACUUUUGUCUUUUGCACCGAUGAUGCUUAACUAGACGCACUAUCACCUGUAAUUUUGUACUGUUCAUAAUGGCCGAUAUUUAUCUUAUGGACCUUGUAUUUUUUCUUAUCUGUAACACAGGAGGAGCUUGUGGAGAUAUUGUUAGAUCACUUCCAAGUAGAGGCUUGUUACCUCCAGGAACAGGCUGUGUUGGCCAUGUACUCUUACAGUGCUAUUUCAGGAAUAGUUGGUGAGUUGUACAGUUUUAUGCUGCAUCCUCUUAGACUAUGAGCAGCCUUUCUUUUUUCUUAAUCCGUCGAGCAUAACGCGCAAGAGACGAAAAUGAUCACGCGCGUGGCGCGUUGCGUGAGGCGAGAAGAGACUGCUCGUAGUCUAACAUCCUCUUGAGCAGGGUUGUAAAAAAGGUUUUAGGUCGCAGGAGAAUAAAAGAAAGUAGCCACCAUGUGUUUCCCGACGGGGCCGGUAGGGGAAGACAUAUCACUAUUGAUAUAAACAGUUCAAUCCAGGUUAGUAGCAGCUGUCAAACAUGAUAGCAUCAAUACUGCGUCUGAAUUACCAAGUGAAACUUUGAUGGAAGCAUGCAAAGAAGCCGGAUGGAAAGUGAGAGGCAGCAAAAUUAAAUGCAAAUCAGAAAUAAAAUGGUUCGAUCAGGAAUGCGAAACAGAAAACCUGCAAUCCCUUGGGGACAAAAUUUCUCAUUACAUUAAUAAUUAAAAACUGAGACAACUACUGCGAGGCAAAAAGAAGAGGUUCAAACAAACUUGUUGACGGAAGAAACGGGAGUCUAUCAGCAAAGCCAUGUCUAAUAUCGAUAUGCGGAGCUUGAAAGGGACCUGGCGACAGAUAGGAAAAAUCUUUAACUUAGGAAAAAGAAAAACACAUGAAACUGAAGCAUUGAGUACGGAACAGUUUUAUAAAUACUUUUAGCAACAGAAUGCGACCCCUCUCAAUAAUAUACUAGAUCUGGAGAUGAAUAUUGAAAGCCACAGUAACGAAAAGAGUAGAAGGCCCAAUUGAUUAUCCAAUAACUGAUGAAGGGUUCAAAGCCGCAAUUAAGAAACUGAAUGCAAACAAAUUUCCAGGUAUCAAUAAUAUGUUAAAGGAACUAAUAAGGAUCGGAAAGGAAGCCAUUAAAGGGCAUUUAGUAAAUUUAUUUAUUCCAAUCUUAUAUACUGCCAAAUAUCCUGCUCUUUGGAGUUUUAGCCUCAUUGUACCUAUUCAUAAGAAGGAUGAUCGAUCCACUAGGAAUAUGUGUCUCCCACGAGGGGGAAAACACAUCAAUAAGGAUAUGUGUUUCCCAGGUGAGGAAACACAUAAUUAUCACUAGGGAUAUGUGUUUCCCAGGUGGGGGAACACAUAUCACUAGGGAUAUGUGUUUCCCAGGUGGGGGAACACAUAACUCAAGGGAUAUGUGUUUCCCAUGUGGGGGAACACAUAUCACGAGGGAUAUGUGUUUCCCAGGUGGGGGAACACAUUUCACUAGUGAUAUGGUUUUUCCAGGUAGGGAAACACAUAUCACUGGGGAUAUGUGUUUCCUAGAUGGGGGAACACAGAUCACUAGGGAUAUGUGUUUCCCAGGUGGGGAAACACAUUCCACUAGGAAUAUGUGUCUCCCACGAGGGGGAAAACACAUCAAUAAGGAUAUGUGUUUCCCAGGUGAGGAAACACAUAAUUAUCACUAGGGAUAUGUGUUUCCCAGGUGGGGGAACACAUAUCACUAGGAAUAAGUGUUUCCCAGGUGGAGGAACACAUAUCACUAGGGAUAAGUGUUUCCCAGAUGGGGGGAACACAUAUCACGAGGGAUAUGUGUUUCCCAGGUGGGGGAACACAUUUCACUAGUGAUAUGGUUUUUCCAGGUAGGGAAACACAUAUCACUGGGGAUAUGUGUUUCCUAGAUGGGGGAACACAGAUCACUAGGGAUAUGUGUUUCCCAGGUGGGGAAACACAUUCCACUAGGAAUAUGUGUCUCCCACGAGGGGGAAAACACAUCAAUAAGGAUAUGUGUUUCCCAGGUGAGGAAACACAUAAUUAUCACUAGGGAUAUGUGUUUCCCAGGUGGGGGAACACAUAUCACUAGGAAUAAGUGUUUCCCAGGUGGAGGAACACAUAUCACUAGGGAUAAGUGUUUCCCAGAUGGGGGGAACACAUAUCACGAGGGAUAUGUGUUUCCCAGGUGGGGGAACACAUUUCACUAGUGAUAUGGUUUUUCCAGGUAGGGAAACACAUAUCACUGGGGAUAUGUGUUUCCUAGAUGGGGGAACACAGAUCACUAGGGAUAUGUGUUUCCCAGGUGGGGAAACACAUUUCACUAGUGAGAUGGCUUUCCCAGAUGGGGAAACACAUAUCACUAGGGAUAUGUGUUUCCCAGGUGGGGGAACACAUAUCACUAGGGAUAAGUGUUUCCCAGGUGGGGGAACAGAUAUCACUAGGGAUAAGUGUUUCCCAGGUAGGGGAAGACAUAUCACUAGGAAUAAGUGUUUCCCAGGUGGGGGAACAUAUAUCACUAGGGAUAAGUGUUCCCCAGAUGGGGGAACACAUAUCACUAGGGAUAUGUGUUUCCCAGGUGUUGGAACACAUUUCACUAGUGAUAUGGGUUUCCCAGGUAGGGAUAUCCAGGCCGGUUUUUUGCGCAUUUUGACAUCCCGGUUCUUGAGUGGGAACUCCCGUUAAAAAUAAAGGUGGCAUCCUCGUUUCUCAAAUGGGGUCCAUGAUUUGAUUUGUAGUUUGGUCCUAAACUUCUUUCGUCUCCAGGGCUUUUCAGCUAGAACUUGGGAGGGGCGGAAAAGACCUGGGUAUGAGGUUGACUCUCCUUUGUAGCCACCUAACCCAUCCUGUAUCCUCUCGUUUUGUAAUCAAUCAUGUUUUACACUGAGAUAAAAAAAAAUUGUUCUUAUUCUUUUUUUUGUUAUCAUUUUCAGUGGAUAUUGGGGAUCAUAUCGACGUUAUCCCGGUAGUUGAAGGUAAAAAUCGCCUUUUAUGUUUUCCUUAAGUUCAGAUCAAGUCACUAAAAUUAUCAAUUUGUUUUUUAUUCAACAAAAAAGAGUAUUAAUGGGAAACCUUUUCCAGGAAUUGGCACCCAAAUUUCUGACAGUUAAGAAGAGUCAAAGCUACUCCCUGUAGGAAUUUUUUGGUUUUUUUUUUUUUGCUGCACUUGCAAAGAUGCUUUUUUGCUAAUAAGACCUAUUGUUGUUUUUCACCGUUCUCCGGCGUUGCCUUCGCCGCUUAGCAUUACUCGAUUCUAUAUUUCCUUUGAACAAACUUUAAUUAUUAUCGAGAGCUUCGUUUUUAGCCCUGGCUAAAUCUAUAUAUUACUAAACCGUAAAAUAUUAUAACUCAAUGCAGGGUGUAUGAUUGAAUCUGGGACUACAAGGCUUCCAUACGGAGGAAAGCAGAUUACAGACAGUUUUACAAGACUACUGACAGAGAAGGGAGUACGGUAAGACACAGCCAAAUAAUAAGUUGUUUUUAAUUUGGCGUCAUAGCACCUACUUAAAGUAAUUACUUUGGCCAACGAACCAACAGGAGCUGCAAGCAAACACCUCUAGCUACAUCUUGAACAAAGCUGUUGCGGAAAUUGUAUACAUGGGGAGUAUUUUCUACACAUCGUAACCGUACCGAUUCUCCCCCCCCCCCACUUCCCCCUGGAAGUAGUAUUGCUGGGUCUCCCAAAGAAAGCCGGAUCCCUGAGCGUUUGUAGGAAGCCGUUGAUUUGGAAGUAGUUUUGUCGCUUUAGGUAGUGCGCAUUGACGAAAAAAAUUUCUCAAGUAUUUUUGUCCCGGAUUGUGGCGUGUAGUUCGAGUACACGCAAGGAAGCAGCGUCUUGUUCUGGUUUGUUGCUUGGAAAGUGGCGCCAAUUUUCGCCAAUCGUCAGUUCAGUUGCGAAAUCUUCGCGCGUUUUUCAAAGAAUGUUUCUACCCUGGCUUUGAGAGGUAUCUUUCUUGCGUGGUCGUGAUUGCGUCGGAGAUGGCCUGAAAUCGGUUGAGCACUGAAAGAAAAGCUUGCGGCAUCCACUCUAGAUACGUUCUUCUGAUAAUUUUCCUUUUCUUUUUCGAUGUUAGGUUUUUUUCAGAAGUGGAAUCCUACAUCUCUAGAGCCAUCAAAGAAAAGGUAUUAAAGCCACCACAACCACGCAAAACUAACGAGUACGACCCUCCUUUCUUUAAAAAGCCACGCCUGCAGGUCUCAUUUGGUGAGAGUUCUUGACACAUAUUUUCUCUUUCUUAAUGUCUUACCCACUCUUGGUUUUCAGGUAUCGUUUGUCGCGAGACAAGUAGAUCAAGAAGAAGAAGAAGUAGAUUGUUCAAUGGUCGUGGAUUUGGGAAAGUACUCUAUUCCUGACGGAACGAGGUAUCUUUUUACACUUGGCUUAACUGGUGUGGUUUGGAACUAUGUAUCGCUGAUAGUUUUUCGUUACCCUUGGCUAAAAAUUCUCUAUGCUUUUCCCCUGGCUAGAAAUCGCUGGCAAACCAACCAUUCCAGCUGAUAUAAAUGUAAAAGGACAGUCGCUUGAAGGUUGAAUGUGUUAGUGAACCAAAAUUUGCUCCAAACGUUUUAAAAACGGGCUAAACUUUCUGGAAGAUGUUGCCUAGGUGUUACUUGACUAAUCUGUGUUUUGAACAGGGUUCUUACAGAGUCCUUAAUUCUUGACAAAGUCUCCAAAUUUUCAGACCAGUUUUCCAGGCCUGGAAAAAGUUUGAAACGUAAAGAUGAAGUCUAGAAAAGCGGGGGAAAAAUUGGCUUUUUUAAAAACUGCACUGAUUGGUUUAAAAAAUUUUUAACCAAUCAGAAGUCUUUUAAAGCGUCUUUUAAAACUGGUGUCCUUAUCAGUCUAAACGCUUUGUCACAUUAUUUCUUCUCCUUUCUCAAGGGAAGUGACCGUAGACUCUGCAAGACACCGCUGUACUGAAGGACUGUUUAAACCGUCCGUCUGGGGUAAAGAUAAUCCGGGAAUUCAUGAGUUGACAGUCAAAGCCAUCAUGGCCUGCAGUAUUGACAUGCGCAAACAAAUGUGUCGAAAUAUCUACCUGAGUGGGGGAGGGUCCAUGUCUCCAGGUUUGUUUUCGAAAGUUUAUCAUAACUAGAAGCGCGUUUGCGGGUGACAUAAAAAAAAUCCCAACCAAGAAUUAUCAAGCCCUCUGACGUUUUAGUUGCGUUAUAAAUUGGAGCAGCAUUUCUUCGUUUUGUGAUAGAGCACGUGUCUAUUUUUUGCGUCAUGAAACAUUGAAAUGUAAACCGGAGUUGUUUCACUCAAGGAAUUUUUGAAUACUUUACUUAACAGUCAGAGCAGAUGAUGAAAACCCAUUACCCCGGUAGUACUGUGUCUACUGUACUGUCAUCUGCAUUUAUUACGAGUGACAGCGCGUUAGAUUUAGGUUUGUUUUUAAGGUUUUUCUUCUCAUAAAAUUCGUUAACUCCGCCUUAGGCUAUUACUCCAUUUCUACUCAGUGCUCGUAGAACUACACUACCUGAAAACUUUUAGGUGUCAAUAGAGAGGAGAAGUCGUUACGUCACUUUGCUAUGGUAGCAAACUUUCUGGAUCGCAACAAACCGUGGUCCUGCAAAUAUGGCAAGAAAAAAACGAAAAAAUUGGCAUGACAUUUAUGACUUACUCUUAGGAACAAAAGGGUAGCCCAUAAAAUUCUUCCAUCGUUCCACAAUGUAAUUAACCGUCUCUGUCAAGAAAGAUUGUUAAGAUCCAGACCAUGGUACCAUGGUAACGUGACGUCACACCUCUUCUCUCUACUAUCAGAACUUUGCUGAGAAACUGCUUGCUAUCAUCAGAUAACGAAAUGAUUGCACCGAGUGCAUGUUUUGUUAUCUGUUUUUCACUCCUGAAUUAUUUUCCCUUGAUUAUCGUUAUUAUUAUUUUUUCAUUAUAAGGUCUCGCUGAACGGCUCCAAGCGGAAGUAAGCCAGCUUACGCCUUUCAACUCACACGUGCAGGUAAGAAAUAACAGGAAACGUCAAAAGAACAGUAACACCAAGAUACAUGAUGACCUUUGAUUCAUGGUUAAUGGUCGAUCGCACUUUAGUGCUGAAAAUUGUACUUCAUCUGUCUUGUUUUGACAUCGAUCUAGAAUGUACAAAAGGCACGUAUGAAGAAUGAGACGUCUCACGUCUUCCCAAAUCCGCCCUUUAAGCCUUUAAACCCUAAGAUCAAAAUUGAGAUUCUCAUUUACUGUCCCUAUACUUUUUCAAUAGAAGUAGUGGGGAGAAUUUGUUGAAGUAUCAAUUAGACUCAUCUUCCCUGAUCAUAUACUCAAUUGUCAUGACCACUCUGUUUUCUAAAGCAUUGAUAUUAUAAGGAGAAAUUUGAUGCCGAUCACUCUUAGGGCUUAAAGGGUUAAUGCUAGGUCAUAAUGGUUUUCACUUGCGACGCAAACACAAGCAUAAGUGUCUUGCGUUGCAUCAAGUGAAUUGAAACGAGCACAAGCACCUGAAACGCAAACAUCGUGAUUAAGUGCGCUUGGGCCGUUUUUACGAUGAAGUAAGGACUCUGAUGUUUUCGCCCAUACCCUUUCUUGUGUUUCAGUCGCUAGUGGAUAGCGCUAUCCACGCAAUAAACCACUAUCCAGCGGAUACGUGUUAGGGAAACAAACUGCGCCAUCUUAUGAAUAGAAACUUAUCUAGUGAACAGCGUCGAUUUUUUCUCCUUUGAACAACUGAGGCCAUGAUAUUAACUCUUGCUGUCGCUUUCGCUGUUUUUAUCUGUCGCUUGGGUGAGAAAAAAAACAUUUUUCUUUUCAUUCUACGAGUCGCAAAACUCAAACGCGCAUGCGCAAAUCUUUCACAGCAAGAUUUCUUCACCUACUUAACGGUCUGUUUUUCGUUACCUUGGAAACCAGGUUCACGCAGGAGUUGAACGUCAGUACGCUGCGUACAUUGGAGCCUCAGUGGUUGCCAAGCUCCCUCUGUUCACGGAACUGUGCGUGUUUAAAGAGGACUGGGAUGAAAGUGGUCCGGACGCUCUGGAAAAAUGGCUAACGUUAUAACUGGCUGUUGUUUUCUUGCGUAAACGAAUGUAGAGACAUAUCAUAACAACGUAACACUGCCACUCGUGAGAUCAAAAUUGAAGACAGAUAAGCCCAUUUUGAAAGACAGAAACAAUGGACUUUUUCAGCUAAGGUGA